AUGGACAGGCAAGGCUACACACCAAACCCCGGAUCUGGCCUCAGCUACUGCAACUCCUUCGAGGCCAAUCAGAGUUUUCCACGCGUUGGCAAAAGGCUAUCGCGGUACAGCCAGCGGUUUGCGGCCGCCAUCGGGAGCACCGGAAAGUCUCCGCUGGUGAUAAGCUUUGAUUCCACCGCAAAGAUGGAUCGGGUGCGUGUGGAUGGUUCGAACGGGGUCAGGUUUACCGCAUUCCGUCCAAAGGGUGGCUGUUAUCCGCACGGGGUGGCGUCACCGUACAACAGCUCGUACAUUGCAUCCACCUCGGAGUCGAUUGGCCGCCUGCCAAAGAGUGAUAUCAACCCGAACAAGGCCGUUUUUACGAUAGAUUCCCGAACGUCCCGAAUACUGAUCGUCAAUCGGAAUGCCUGCGAGCUGCUGGGGUACAGUUCCAAGGAGCUGUGCGAGAUGGAGUUCACGGGCCUGCUGCUGAACAAGAGCAAAAUGCACGUGUCCGCCCUGGCCGAGGGGCAGCUGAACAGUGAGGACGGCACGGUAAUCAUACUGAGCGGAAAGGUGGUGGAACUGUGCACAAAGUAUGACAAAAAUGUAGCCGUCUCGCUGUGGGUUCGGCAAAUCGACACCGAAGGCCAACGGUGUCUGGCCGUGGCGGAACCGGUCGAGCGACGGAUAGCUCAGGUGGUGGUCGACAAGAACGGCUACAUCAUAUCGGGAGACAACGAAGCCCUGAUGCUGUUCCAACUCGACACGAUCGACAAGUUUAACGGUAUGGAUAUUGCGCUUCUCAUACCGGCCAUUCUGCUCCCGGAUGCGGACUCUAGUCUAAUAGCGAAACAUAUCAGAAAGCAGAAGGCGACUGGCAAAACGCAAGACGGUGUAUCGUUCCCGCUGUGCCUGAUGAUAUCGCACUACGAAAAUGGCACCGACACCACGGACAGUGGGCUGUCGAAUCCGAAUGCGCUGCUCUACACGGUUACGGUUUGGGUGUACACCAACCUGUCCGGGUUGCUGGUGAUUGACGAGAACUCCGUUAUCGAAUCGUGCAACCACCACUUCUCGAUGCUCAUGUUCGGCUACCCGCAGAGUCAAACGAUCGGGGAGCACAUCAGCAAACUGAUACCCAACAUCGGACAGGACAGUGACUGCCUGACGCGAAGCCGCAACGCAACGCUUUCGUCGCUGGACAACGACGAAUCGGAGACGGAAACGGACCACGUGGAGCUGGAAAGUGGCAAGGACAACUUUGUGCCACCGUGCCGUGGGGCAGUGAACGGUGUCCGGAACGGACAUGUCGCAUGUUGCGAGCUAGCCAGCCCGUCGAAGGAACCACGGAAGGUGUGCCUAGACUUUACAAGCGUGUCGGGCAACCGGUCAACGGUGGGCAGCCUUUGUGUAUCGUCAACCGCAGAGAAUGCCUGCACGGAUACGACCAAAGCACAAAUUUCGUCGAACGACAGCGAGCUGCCAGCCGGUGCCGGUGGCAACGAGUCCAGGGACCUUUCUAGUACCAAGGAGCAGCCUCUGCUGACUGAUAGUGCGCCGUUUCCGGAAGACAACAGCGAAAAUAAUCCAAACUACGUCAACACAUCCAGCCUGUUCAGCAAUAAUAGCAUAAAGUCACACAGCCCGGCCCUAACGGCGGCGUUAGAGGAUUAUACGAAUUUUGCCGACUGCGAUCUCCUAACACCGGUCAACGAAACGGGUUCCGUGUGUAUGAAUCUGCUCGGCUCGAAAAACGCGUCCAACAACGAAACGAAAAGUGGCCACUACACAACCGAGGACAUUAGUUCCGCGUUGUUGUUGAAAGACUCGCCAGCGAGUAUGGGACCGCCGCCAGCCUUGGUAACACCCCGAUUGGUGAAACCGCACGAAAAAGCGUCAAUCAUUACGUCCACACCGGAUCCGCAGCACAAACGUCAUUCCGUUGGCGGCGGUUCUAGCAACGAUGCAAGGCAGACGGUUACCCAUGGCAGCGCAAAACCGAACACAGCCUACGGCGAUGGAAAGUACCGGGGCGAAGCAAUCCAUCACGAUGGUAACGUGAUCGACAUCAUCUACACGAUCUCCAAUCAGACGCUGCCGUGCGGGCGUAAAGUGUACUGCAUUUGGAUCAGUCGCGAUCCGGAAUCGUCGUACAACCACCUGGAGGACGUGAAUGUAACGCUCACGUUCAACAGCAUCACCAGCACAAUCGACAAUUCUGUCGGGGGGCCCGGAGCCAGCAAGACUGCGGCAGUCGGCACAGGAGGAACAAAUGCUGGGUCUGGGGCUCCCGGCGUGGCCAGUAGUCGGCCAAACUCCGUUUCGCUGAUGUCGCAGUGCGAGGAGGAGCAGGUUUUCGGCGAGUACAACAAACACUACACGACCAUCAAGCAGAUCGGCAAGGGUGCGUACGGGUACGUGAAACUGAGCUACCGCAACUCGGAUCGGCUGCUGGUGAUCUCCAAGUUUAUACUGAAAGAGAAGCUCUGCUCGAACUUUAUGAUAACGACCGAGGACAAGCGCGAGAUUCCGAUGGAAAUUUACCUGCUGACGCACGUCAAGCACCCGAACAUCGUGACCGUGUUCGAUGUGUUUGAGAAUGAAAAGUUUUUCCAGCUCGUGAUGGAGGUGCACGGUUCGGGGAUGGAUCUGUUCGAGUUCAUCGAUCGCCGGCCGGCCAUGACGGAGAAGCUCGGUUGCUACAUCUUUCGCCAGAUUGCCUACGCCGUCGACUAUCUACACUCGAUGAACAUCCUGCACCGGGACAUUAAGGACGAGAACAUCAUCAUCGAUCAGCACUUUCAAGUGAAGCUAAUUGAUUUCGGUUCGGCCACAUUCAUGCAGGACGGGAAACUGUUUUCCACCUUCUACGGCACCACGGAGUACUGCAGUCCGGAGGUGUUGGCUGGGAACAAGUAUGCAGGGCCCGAGCUGGAGAUGUGGUCCCUCGGGGUGACGCUGUACGUGUUGAUGUUUUUUGAAAAUCCCUUCUUGGACAUUGAGGAAACGCUCAAAUCGGAGCUGAUCAUACCGCAAGAGAUUGGCAGCGAACUUGAGUAUGUGCUGUUGGCGUUGCUGGAUAAGAACCCCAAAACACGGAUCACGAUGCCACAACUGCUCGCGAGCGACUGGUUGACGCAGGAGAUUGUAUCGAGCGCGUUCAACUUUGCCCAAAUCAUCCCGUGCGAGCCGUACGAAGUGAACCCGGAGAAGUACUACAAUGGGCAGAUCUAUUCGAGCCAAACCGGGCUCUCCACUUCGCCCCACAGUUUGUCGCUGGUCGACGAUGACGAAGGUGUCAACGACGACGACGACGAUGACGAUGAGCAGCAUGCCCACAUCGAGGAUUUUUCCAUCGAUCCGGAGGAACUGCUGGAGGACGAUGUGUGCCCUUUGUCGCUAGACGACGAUCCAAAACCCGAACAAUCAAUCACCGAGUCGCACGAAGCCGCCCGUGACUCGUUCGAGGGUCCGGCUCUGUUGGCGAAAACCGCCCAUCGCAUGUCGCUGCACGAUUACGCCGAGGAUCUAACGGUGCCAACGGCAAUGCGUGGUGGUGGUGAGGCCGUCUGCCAGCUGCCAGGUGCUUCUGUUCCUUCCCAAUUAAACUCCUGCCCUGAGCCGCCGUGCGCGACCGCAAGUGUAGUGGAAAGUGUCGGUUUAGUCGCCAAACCGCCGACAGUGUUGCAAUUGAACGAACUCCCAAGCCCGGUCGUGGUCUGUGAGCGCCCGUUUUCAAGUGGCAGCAAGUCCAACAGCGCACACCACGCGACGCUCUAUGACUCCAGUUGCUCCACAACGCCAUCACUCGUGCUGCCGGCUUCCUCCAUUUUGCUGUGCAAUAUGAUGCCCCCGUAUUCAGUUCUGACCAGUGGCGAUAGUUGCUGUAGCUGCAGCAGCGUCACCACCAUCAGCAGCAGCUGCUGUAGUAUCGAUAUUGAACACCACCAGCAACCGUUUCCCGCGGUGGACGAUGGGAGUACGGCCAGUAGUAGUGCUGCGGACACACCGACGAACUGUUGUUCUCAGGAGUACGGUGCGAAAACGGUUCCGCCAGUUGGGCAGCGUAGGGUCGAAACCUUUGAAGGGGACGUCACGUGCUCCAAUCUGUUGGUGCUGGGAGACUCACGACACUACGCUGCGUCGUCAUCGUCCACCAGUCCUUGUAGUUCUCUGACAUCUUCCAAGUCGGAGAACAACAUUUUCGAUGGCAAGUUCGCCACCUUUAGCACCAUCUACGAUGUGGUUAGCAUGGACAAUGUAACCGAUGCGGCAACCGCCAUCGGUGCAGCAGAUGCUCCGGCCAUGCUGCCGUUCCAUGGCUACGCUAUCAGCGAUCUUUCUCGUGAGCUGGCCCCUUCAACGGCGGUGCUGUCAGUAAGCGGCCCGGCUUCGAACGGUGGUAGUAGCGCCGCGGCAAACAGCGGAAACGCUGAGGGCAUCUCACCGCGUGGCUGGCGUCCGUUGAAGAAAUAG